CUGACGUCAUGCCCUGUGCUAGGAGGGAAGAGGACUGGUUAUUAACAAGUGGGACUGAGUUAGCAACGUCGACCGACAACAAAACAACACAAACAUGAAGUGUGCUGUGGUUUCUCUUUGUGUCUUUGGAUUGUCAAUCAGUCUCUCCUCAGGGACACAAGUGGGUCUGAGUGAGAAGGUCCUGGUGUUCCCGUAUGAGACGGAUUUCAGCUUCGUGGCCCUGAUCCCGCAGAAGGACAUGAGCCUGAAGGCCCUCACCCUGUGCAUGCGUGUGGCCACCGAGCUGCCUGAAGAGCGGCAGGUCAUCCUGUUCGCCUACCGCACGGCCGACUAUGACGAACUCAACGUGUGGCGUGAGAGGGAUGGCCGCAUCUCCUUCUACAUGAGCGGCGAUGGCGUCUUCUUCCACCUGCCGCCCCUCUCCACCUUCCGAACCAGCCUCUGCCUCACCUGGGAGUCUCGCACAGGCCUCACAGCUUUCUGGGUGGAGGGCAAGCGGAGCACCUACCAGGUCUACAAACCCGGACACACCAUCCGUCCGCAGGGCACUGUCCUCCUGGGGCAGGACCCAGACAAGCACCUGGGGGGUCUGGAGGCCGUGCAGAGCUUCGUAGGGGAGGUGACCGACCUGAACAUGUGGGACUUCGUGCUCUCCAGGAGCAUGAUCCAGGCCUGGCACUACGGCCACAAGGUCCCCAAGGGGAACAUCUUUGACUGGGCCACCCUCGAGUACGAGCUGAACGGGAACGUGAUGGUGGUGGAUGAUGACUGACUGAUGGAGAGGGUCGCAGAAAGGGGCCGGGCGUCAGAGACGUGUUUUGGAUUAAUACUCAUAUGUGUGGUUGUCUCUCUUAGAUCCUGUGAUGUUUGACAUUAGGAUCCUUAAACUUCCCCUUAUUCCUUAAAACAUCAGAAAGCGGUGGUGUUUGCGACAUUAAAUCAUGUAUAAUAUAUCAGUUUUACACAUUAAUGCAUCACUCAAACAUUUUGCAACAUUGUAACUUAUUUUAUGAUCUCGGCGAUUCCUCUAAUUUUGCAUAUUUAACUUCUAUUGAUCCUCUUUGUAUUUCACUGUUCCAUCCUUUGAUUGAAAAAAAAAAUCAAUCAGAAGAGGUUGAUGUGCCAGAUGUAUCCAUAGGGUGGCAGUCUGCGCUAGUUCACGUCAAACAGAAACUUGUGUCAGAGCUUCAUCAUGCACGUGCACCCACUGAUGUCAUGUGGCCACAAAUAGCUGAUGAGAAAAACAUGUUUGAUUGCUAUAAUUAUAAUUAAAUUAAAUUUAUGUUUGCAAACCGUCAAGAUUUUACAGAUUAUGUCAAUUUAAACAUUUGCAAAUGUCUAAUAACUAAGAUCUCAGCCUGCAUAGCACAGAUGCUAUAGUGCGUCUAACUGCUAACUUGAGACAACACAUUUAAAUGAUCAAUUUUAAGUGUUAAAUGUAUUAAACUGUAACAGAAACAAGCCUCUUUCAAAGAUUU